UAUUCGAAAACUAGGAUCUGCUAAGAUACGUUUAAAAAUCCUGCUCGCGGAAUAAAAUAGAGUGUAAUUGAUCAAUCAGGAUAAAAAGAACAAAGAUUUCUUUGUCUUCAUUGGUCAAUUCAAUGUUACUUUACCGUACAAGUAGAAUUUUUGAACACAUCCUUAGAAAUAAUAAAUAUGGGACGUGGAACUGAUUGACUACUGACUACUGAUUAACCUCAAUGAGAAGUUAUGUAAUCAAUGAAGAAAAUUUUGAUUAUUAAAGAAUUAUAAACUAUAUAUUAUGUUGUCCAGAGCAACAAUUAAUAUUAUUAGGAGAACAAUAUGCAACAAUGCACGUACAUUUUGCUACGUACGAAACUCUUUGGAAUCAAAUCUCUUGACACAUAAUUGCAAUAUAAAGGAAUACAAUAUACAAAAUUACUAUAAUUUAUACAUAGCAAAAAGAUUUAAAUCUAAUAGAAGAAAAGCCAUUGACAAUAAAAGAAGUAAAGAUGAGGAUUCCGAUGAAGAAAAAGAGGAAAACGAAGAAGCACCUGCUGGUUCAAAAGUGCUCACAGUAAAUAUUCCAUCUCUUCGAUUAGAUACCAUUUCCAAAGCUGGAUUUGGAAUAUCACGCAAUAAAAUAGAAGAAGCAUUUUAUGCAAGUAAAUUUCGUGUAAAUGGUAACAAAGUAUUCAAAAAAUCCAUGGAGGUGGAAAUAGGAGAUGAAAUUGAUAUGGUUUUACAUCGAAAUUUGGAUAAUCCUAAAUUUUUAAUUGUAAAUAGAAUUGUGAUACUAUCAAUGACUCCUACAUCUAAUUCUGUACGAAUUAAAUUAUCCAGUGAUAAAAAUUUACUGAUUGAAGAUUAUGAGGAACCAUGGUCAGGAAAUGAUUUCUGAAUUGCUCCUAGCUCUUGCAAUAAAUCUUGCUUUGAUUCAAAGAAAUCUUUAUACCACAUAAUAUGGUUAAUUUUCUCUUGAACUGUUAAAUAUGGAUUUUUGGAAAGUCCAGUGCAUACUAAUUC